UAACCCAAGUUUUCAAACCAAAGAUUUUGAAAUAACAUUUUUAUAUUGAUAUGGUUGUGAUAUUUUGUUGUUCAAUCUUUUAAUAAAUUUGUUGGAGGUUCCAAUAAAAUGUUGUCCACUUAUUUAGGAAACAAAUCGUUAGUGUUUUACAAUUAUGUACAUCCUCGAAAAUUUCUAAAUCGUUGGACCUUUAGAAGCAUAUUUAGAGGCAUUGCUACUCAGAACAAAGUCGAAACCCAAUCGGUCUCUGCACCAGAAGAUGAUAAGAAAACUAAGGAAGAAAUAAAUUUAAAAGCCCUAAUUAAUGUUUAUAAUAAAAUUGAUUUUGACAAAAUAUUAACCAUAGAAAGUCCAGCUUUACUUCAAAGAUGCCACACAUUAUUUUACUCUCCUCCCGAAGACAGAAUCAAUAUAUGCCAAAAUAUCUACGAAAAUCUUUUAAAAAACGACGAAAUGCCCCCGGAUACUUAUCUUACAUAUAUUCAAAUAUGCACUGAGAAUAGGAAGUUGUUAGAUUGUAAAAAACUAUUGCAAAGUCUACACUCGGAACCGGACUAUAGAAUGUUUAGAUAUUUAUUAGAAAACGUCUGCGAAUGCGGGGACUUCAGUCAAGCUUUCUUUAUCCUAGAAAGCAUGAAGCAAAAUAAUAUACCAGUCGAUGAAAACAUAUUCAAUAGUUUAGCCCUAGUGCACACCUUAAAAGGAGGAUUGGAAGCGGGAGAGAAAGUUUUAGAUACAAUGAGAUCAGCUCGAAUUUCGGAAACCGUCAAUACAUUCAUGUCUCUUUUGAAAGGUAUCAUCAGGAACAAAAAUUUCAACGAGUUUGUACAAUUCCUGGACAAGUACGAGUUCAUUUUGAACGAUAAUCAACUGCUGGAGGUCUUGAAGGAAUUGGGAAUAAGCCAGCAAAUUGAGUGGCUGCCAAACCUGAAAAGCAAAAUGUUUAAUCUGAUGCCGAGGGAAUUCAUGAUUAACGUGGAGAAUAUUUGCGUGUAUUUGAUUCAUUCGAAACAGUCCGAUUCGGCCGUGAAGUUGUACAGUUAUUUUCAACAGCAACCAGAUGAGAAUUAUGGGUUUUUCAUAUUGGAAGAAAUGAUGCGUUCUAAACAGGAUAUCGACCAAGUGAUACAAACAGCGAAAAACUUCUUAGAAAAUUUCAACAACAAGCUAGUUUUUCAAAACCUAGCGGAAUUUGCGCUGAGGAACAGAUUCUUGGAUGUAUCGUUCGAUAUAUUCAAACAUUUACCCGAAUUGAGGCCCCAUUUUUUCUGGCCACAUUUACUAAACGCAGGGAAUAGUACAGGAGAAGCAGGUGUAUUUGAAACUGUAACAAAAAUCCACGAGCUGGGUGUAAAGUUAGAUUCCGAUACAUUAGAGUAUUACAUUCUCCCGUUUUGCAAUUUAGACGAAAUCCAAAUUCUUGUCGAUAAAUUAAAAAACGUGGGUUUCACGGCCAAAGAAGUCUUGACACCUCUACUGAUAGUUCUAUUAAAAAACGAUAAGGAGCAUACAGCGAGCAAAGCUUGUGGGCUUUAUAACGUUGAUGUUUACGGCGAAAAAUUAUUUCGAAGCAUCGGCACGUCGUGGAAAAAAAGACAUGAUACAGCUGUUGUAAAUAUUCUUCUAAAAAUCUGCGAAAGCGACAAAACUACAGGAAGCGAUAAAGUAGGCGAUUUUCUUACGACAGUAUUGCAGAAAUCUUAUAAAAUGGAAGAAUAUCAGGCAUUUUCUUCGUUGUUGAAGGAGCUGAUCAAACGAAAUAUGAAAAUAGCAAGUGCAACAGCUGAUAAUCUGCGAGAAAUACUUAAUCACAAAUUCAAGGAUAAAGAAUCGAAAGUUUUGACCGAUAUAUUGAAUGCUAUCGAUGAAAUAAUGGAAUUUAAAAUGAAAGUGGACUCGGACUAUAUACCACAUCCGCGCAACAUGGACUUGGAACAACUGGAAAACCAUUUAAUACAAUUGAAAGAAAAAAACAUGCAAACUAGAGGAGUCAUCCGUAGGUUGAUCGUGUGCCACAGUAACGUGGGCAACUACGAGAGAAUCUCCCAAUUGAGACAGGAGUUUCUGGAGGCCGGUUACGAGGAGUCCUUAGGCAUGAAAUCGUCGUUGCUGCACGGCUACGUGAAAUGCGGCAACGCCGAAUUGGCUCUGGAGGUUUACAGGGACAUUAAGGCGUUGGGCGACGAGUUCCGAAUAGAUGAGUAUAAGAUCAUCGAUUUCUGUACGCUUCUGGUGAAAAAUGGCGAUUUAUCGGUAGCAAAGAAACUGUUAGAAGAUAACGGCGAUGUGAUCCUAACGGAUGGUGCAAGUAUACUAAGAAACUGCGUGGAUUUACUGAAUGCUUUCACUGAUGAAAAUGACCAAGCGGAUAUGUUAAAUUGCUUAGUCAAAAAGGGCUACUGCCAAUAUAGCAAUAUAAUGCUUGGACCCUUAAUUAGAAUACAUUUAAAUAACGGCAACUUAGGAAAGGCGACAGAUGUUUUUGUAUACUUUACGGAAACGUACAGAUGCACACCGAUGCAAUUCGAAUUGGUAAAAGAAAUAGCUAAAUGUCAAAAGGACGAAUUGUUGCAAAGGGUGCUUGACAGCUGCUCCAAAAUCCACGGCCCCAAAGCGACCCAAGGAACGCUUAUAGGAGCACUGUGCGAAAAUGGCGAGGAAAAGCUGCUGAGAAAAACUUUGGCUAGCACCACUUUUUUGAUAAGCGAUGAAAUAAACAAGAGAUGCGUGAGGUGGAUAAAACAAAGAAAAACCGAUGCUCUUGUCACUUUGGCCAAAAAUGGGCACAAACUUUCCGAAGACGUUAUCGACAUAAACUUCGUUUAUGAGUGUGUACUGAAAUCCUUCAUGAUGAGUAACGACUGUGAAAGUGCAUUAAGAUUUUAUGAACACUUGAGAGAAAAUGAGGUAAUACUGAAUAAGAAAUUAACUAAUUUGUUAAAGAAAUUGUUUCAGCAAAAUAAUUAUUCUAUGCCAAUUAGUUUGAAAACAUAAAAUUACUCUUACAGACAAGUUGUUUUAAAUAUUGUUUAACCAAUCCUUAAAUUUUUUCCCAAUUUCUUUUUUAGUAUAAUAGUUGUUACAAAUUAAACAAUGUUCAUUAAGGAGCAGCAUUUAUUUUAA